GGCGUGGCGUGACAUAACCUGUCAUAUUUAAAUGCCGUCGUAGCUUAGCCCUAAAUUUCGUAUAAUGAUGUCGUGACCGAGAUCUCUACGGAGGUUUGACAUGAGUUCCCAACAAAUACUCCAGCUUCCUCACAGACUCAGGGGAGCCUUUAAGCUGCUCACGUCCAGGUUUAAUGAAGUUGGCAUUAAAAUUAGGAGCUACGAGAUGCCCGAGAGGAUCAAAGGCACCUUACUUGAACGCUGGACGAAAUAUUGGCACGGUCUGUAUGUGGAUUAUAAGGAUGUCGCGAUUGACGUAGCCAAAGAUUGCAGAGAACGUCCUGUACGUGCCGUAAUAUAUAGUACACUUCUAGGAGGCUGCUUCUACUCUAAUCGACACAAUCCAGACGAGACUAUGUUCAGGGAGCACGUGAUACAGAGCAGUAUAAAGCUGAUGCAGGUGGGAGAACCUAUACGCAAUCCUGUCUCUGUGCAGCACAUAAAAUGGUUGGAGCAAUGCUACAACGAGGGAUUAAUCAGGAGGCUCAAUUUGGGCAUUCUGUCUCUGAUUUGGUUGGACAAUUAUGACAAAGACUGUUCCUUGUACAAGGCUGUCUGUCCUUACCUAAAACCACGAUACGUAACCUUCCACGAAAGGAUAGUGGAUGUAGGCUUUCUAGACGAGUGGUGGCUAUUGGAAGAAAAGAUGAAAGACUAUGACGUAAACGAGGCCGAAUUUAGCGUUGCGGAAGCUGUGAACACGGCAGGCACUGUUUCAGCAGCGUAACAAAUUUUAAGAAAGGAUCCUCUUGUAUUGUUUAUAGUAUGUAAAAAAUAUAAAUUUUAAAAGUUUUCGAAAAACGAGUACAUAUAUUCGUAAAUUAUCAAUUAGGAUACAAAAUAUUCUAUAUAAACUUGUGAAUACAUAGGCGCACGUAAUUGUUAGAGUUGAAUAAAUCGAGAGACUAUAAUUAAA